CAGAACAACACUGUGACGUGUUGCUGUUGUCUGCUAACAGCGAGCUAGCCGGCUAGCACGGAAACAAAGAGGGUCGGAUUAGGGGGAACAUUUCCACACAAGACUUCAUCGACAUGCUCGACAUUUAGAGCUACAGAAGGUUUGUUUAGACGGGCUUGAGUGUCCAUCAGCGGGUCACUGCGUGGCGGAUGAAAUAUUUAGAAAAUUUUACGUUAGCAUGCUAGUUGGCUGUUGCUAGGUUGGGUUAGCUUGUAACCAAGAGCGUCUUUGGGUCUGAUACGAUGGCUGAAUAGCUGUUAACGUUCAUUAAAAUGAGCACGACAGCAUAAAGAGACGCUUUAUUUUGGUCAUAUUUCAUAAAACCGAUUUGCUGGUGAAGCUGUCAGCAGCUGACAGCUAGCUUAGGUUAGCUAACCGCUACAGAACGAAAGGAUAAGGUGAGGUUAGCUGCUAAUUGUUGUCUGGGGAAGAGAGAAACAUGGGCAACUGUCUCAAAUCGCCCACAUCGGAUGACAUCUCCCUGCUUCAUGAGUCCCAGUCGGACAGGGCGAGUUAUGGGGACGGGACAGACCCAGAUCUGGAGCCUCCUCCGCCGUAUGAGGAGCAGGCCCGCAUGCCUGUGUACCAUCCCACGCCCAGUCAAAGGUGUCUGGCCAGUCAGCUGACCGAGGAGGAGCAGAUUCGCAUCGCUCAGCGCAUUGGCCUCAUUCAGCAUCUGCCCAGAGGAGUGUUUGAUGGGGCCAAGAACGGCUCAGAGAAGAAGAUCAGAGAGUGUGUGAUUUGUAUGAUGGACUUUGUAUAUGGGGACCCCAUCCGGUUCCUGCCCUGCAUGCACAUCUACCACAUGGACUGUAUAGAUGACUGGCUCAUGCGCUCUUUCACCUGCCCUUCCUGCAUGGAACCAGUGGAUGCUGCACUUCUCUCCACUUAUGAGACCAACUGACCAGACAACAUGAAACUGUGCGUUAUAGAAACCCCCUCCCCCUUUCCAUCCCUCCACAAGAUCCACCCAUCAAGGAACAAGUAAAGGUCUUCUUGCAGAGCAAAAAGACACCCAGGGUCUUUUACUUAUUGGGGCUGUUCUGAGCAGUUAAGGGUUUAGAUUGGAGGUGUUCAUGUCAGUCUUUGAAGAUCCCCAGUCAGUACACCUUUUAUUUCUUCUGUUCCAGCAAAGCUUUCAGUGCUAAAGCUUUCACCCUACUUGGAUGUGUUUGGGAGCUAAAGUGAAGAAGAAGUGUUGGUUGACUGGGGGUCUUUGAGGACCAGACAGAAGACUCCUGGGCUAAUGUUUCUUCAGGAGGUUAUGGUUUUAAGCACCUAUGAUAUCUUGUGUUUCCUAAUAUCAACCACAAUCUUAAAUAACAUGAUCCCUGGACAGGUUUUGGCAGGUUUUUCCUUCAUAAACAAUUGUUACACUCACAAAGCCCAAAUGACUCCACUCAAGGUUUGACCUGAUGGUGCUGUAUAGGUCACCAUCGCUGUUACCCCCUGUCCCUGUUUUUCUCAUCUUAGCUAAAUGUGAGGAGCUUUGUGAUGGACAACUGUUUGCAAAAAGAGCUGGUGCAGCUCGAAAGGUUGACCAGAGACACAUUUUUUGCUCUGAGGUGUGCAAUGAUCUCCCGAUUAAUGUGCAGAUGGUCUUACAAGUCAGUUAGACCAAAUCGUCUUGCUAACAUGAAGAAGGGAAUUAUUGGUCUAUGAUAGGGUUGUGUUCAGUGCACUGUUCUAUUACAUUAUUUUCUUGUCUGACCAGUUUAAAUUGAACUAAUUUAAAGAUGAAUUGGCAGGCAGACCAUUGAGGUUGAGGAAUGCUUUGAAUUGUGUGCCUGAGCGUGCAAUAGGCAAGUGGUUCCAUUAUAUAGGCCUAUUAAAAAUAAGGUGUAUCGCUAAAUGAUUUUGGGGACCACUUUUUAAGAACUGCUACAACGUGCCACACCAAAAAUAAGCAUCUGCAAGCGAUAAGAUUUACAAAUAUUUUGUCCAUUUUCACCAAGGGAAAGUGUGAUGCACGGUGGUGUAAGGACAUUAUACAUUGGUGUGCAAAAUUAUAGAGAUGGACGUGGUGGACGGCUACAGCCGUCAGAGGCUGCUGAGGUACAUUUGAGCCAAAGCUAGCUCAUGGUCUUUGUCUUCGUUUUUAAUUUGGACGAGAAAUGAAGGCUAAGUAAAACUUUAGAAUGUACUACGUUCAGUAGCCCAUCAUUGUGUAUACCAGUCUUUUGGUCAACGUUCUAGUUUUAGUGUUUUGUCUAUGUAAUCAUAAACACAUUUUAUAUAUAGCCUCUCAGUUUAAACAAAACUGGAUUUGUUUAUUACAGUUUUGGGCUGUUUACUUCAUCUCCAUGCUUAUACCUGGCCACACCGAUCCAUACUACAGUCCACAGCCCAUACAAGGACCACUUGUUAAUAUCUCUGUGCAUUAAGAAUACAGAAUUCAGUAAGUUUGUAUAUUAAAUAUUUUAUCUAUUUUACUUGAUACAUAGCUCAGAACUAUUAGUUUUCUGACUGAUUUUAUAAUUGGUUGCGUCCUUGAUUUUAGGCUUGCCGGUUAACGAUUACACGCUGAUUAAUAAUCAAUAAUCAGGCAAAUGAAUUUGCCUCCCAAAACAGUCAUACUCAUUUUGAGUUGCUUGCAGUGCUCAUAUGGACAAUUCAUGCGUUUUUAUUGCUUAGUUUUAUAGUUCACCAUGAUUACAUACACAUUUCAAUUCAUUUUUGUGUGAAAUCAUACUUUCAGCUGCUGUAGUAUUAAUUUUGUGUGUGAUUCAGUGUUUAGUCUGGGCCUGUUACAGUUAUUACAUAAUCAUCUGAUCCCAAAUAUUUAAGGUGAUUACCUUUAGUUUUAGAAGUUGUUAGCUUUUACAAUCAAAGAAAAAUGAGGGAAACAUGGGCCUCACAAAAACAACAGAAGUUACAGCUUCUGUCAUCAGUUGGGAGCUGCCAAGACAGCUAAGAAGCAAGAUGGCUCGUCACCCAAAUAGGCUUCUUCUUUAAUUGUUCACAGUGAUUUAUGUAGCAGUUAGUGAUCAGCUAGAAUGUCAUGAUUGUGGCAGGCUGGUUUUAGCAUUAUCACUAGUCUGGUUUUGAUGUUUCAUGACCCUGGUUUUCUAAAACCUUGCACAGAAUAUAUAAAGGCUGUAUAUUGCCUCCUUGGGAGAUCAUUGUGCACCCUUGAACUCCAGUUACACUGUUAGACAAAAUGAUAUUUCUUUUUUCUCUUAGAAUUCAGCACCUACAACAAAAUAAGGAUGGUAUCUGUAAAAAAAAAAAACAUAUUAACUGCAAUGUAAGUAUGUACUUGAAACACUGUACAAUGGACCCUACAGGGUCAAUGCAUCCUUGCACUUUCCUUGGCUCUUGAUGUUUGUUCCUGCCGGUGGUGUCUUCUCAAUCAGUGUUUCCAAAGGCACAGAACUCUUACAGGUGUUGGCCGAUUAUAAAAGGGCUCAAUUGUUCGUGGGGAGGGGGGGUUUGAACCAAAUAACCACCUGUCUCAAAUUUCAUUAGAAACGCUUGCACACGAAAAAUAGUAUAUACUAAACUUUAGAGAUUUGCACUUUACACACAAUAAUUAUUAAAAAAAAACGUAUUUAUGUGUAUCCUUGCACCAGUUCUUUUUUUUUUUUUCCUCUUCCUGUACAAAUUCUUCUUUCAAUAGUUCUGUUGACUAUGAUGGAUUUUAUGUUUUCUCAGAUGCAAAUAGAGCAGACCGUAUAGCUCUUUUGCAUUUGUAAUGAUCGGAAUACCCUGAGUACCUCGGAGUUAGAGCAGUACUUUUAAAUCCAUGAUUGUUCCACAAACUGACAGUAUCGAAACUCCUGUUGUUCAGUUCUUCAUUAGUCGAAAUGAAGCCUUUAUUCCAAACUGAUGCUGUUUCCAUGGUAGCCUGAGCUAUUAUGGUCAAUAAAAAUGCAGACUAUUGAACUCG